AGAAAAUAUUGGUCAAAAUGUUAACAAAAAUCCUAAGCCUCAUCGCGAUAGCUCAUCUAAUGUUUUGGUCGACAAAACAAAUGUUUGUUACUUGCCAUUUGAUUAUUCACGCGGUAUGAGGGUGAUGAAUGUCAAUCGUGAAGAACAACUAUCAAAUAUGCAACGUGUACUUCCAUUGCAAUCAGAUCACGUUGAAGACACAAUCAGUGUCGAGUAUUGUGAUAUCGGCGACCCAUCACAUAAUUGUGCCAAAUGUGGAGCGCUGUUUUGGUUUGAGGAAAGGACACUUCGAAGUUCUACAAAAACAAGCCCUAAGUACUCUCUUUGUUGCAAGAAAGGGAUGCUAAUGUUAAUUCUUGUGCGUAUCGAUUUGGAAAUGUGAAUAAAUAGAUGCACUUGAUGGUUCAUUGAACCUCAUCACACCUAAAGUCAGAGCAAGUGAGAAAAUAAAACUUCAAUUAUGAAUCGGGCUAAGGGUAUUGAGGGAAUAUAGUAAUGGUUGUCAUACGAAUACAUGAUAAGUCUUCUUUUUCUCUUUCUUUUUUGUUUUGAAUUAUAUUUAUUGUUCUCAGUUUAUGUUAUUGAUAAUUCUUUUCUAUAUUCUAUCCAAAUUUCAAGCACUACUAACUAGUUUUCACUUUCUAGAAAAAUGCUCCAAAAAAAGAUUGAGGGAUGGAAAGAUUAUUUAAUUA